UUUCCCAAAAAUAUUAUUGAUCUUGUUAAAUUUUAUAAAUUUAAAAAUGGAUCAAUUUGUCCUUGCCAUGAGCAAAUUCAAGCGUCAGAAAUAUGACGAUUGUAUCGAAAUCUGUACUGAGCUCCUGAAGAAAAAUGAGUAUGACCAGGCCACAUGGCUUCUUAAAUGUAGAGCACUGACUAUGAAAAACUAUAUUGAUGACCUUGAGAUUGACGAAGAAGGUGUUGCAGAUAUUCUCAUGGAUGAUAAUGCAAUGGCAACUGCUCCUAGACCUGGAACUAGCUUUUCGAGACCCACCUCAAGUGCAAAUGGAGGAAUCUCUCAGAAUGUUAGACCAAUGAGUAAUUCUGGUAGGCCUAUCUCCGGAUAUAUGAGGCCAGGAAGUAGCAGAAUGGGAGCGGGCUCGAGUAGAGGACAAUUAACCACUGCAAUGAAAGCCAACAGACCUGGCACGAAUAGAGCUGUAACAUCUGGUGGUCGAAUGCUUCGUAUCGGAACAGCUUCUAUGGCAAAUUCAGGUGGUCAAUUUAUCCAAGCUGAUAAGAUUAACGCUCGGAAUACUGCCAAGAAAAAGUAUAUGGCAAAAGCGGUCGUCGAUUACCUUAUCUAUGUAGAAGGAAAUUUCAGAAGAGCUCUAGAUGUAGCUUCUGAAGCUACAGUUCUUUCAAAGUACGAAGACUGGUGGUGGAAAGAAAGAAUCGGAAAAUGAUAUCUAAAAUUAGGAAUGAUAAAAGAAGCCGAAAGACAGCUACAGUCAUCUAUAAAAACUCAAGACAUGAUUGUGACUCACCUUGAGUUGGCUAAAGUAUCAAUGAGAAGAGACCAGGCUCUUAAGACAAUAGAAGUGUACCAAAGUGGGUUAGAGGCACAUCCUUUCGAAGUUCAUUUGUAUACCGGUAUUAGCAGGACUUAUGAGUUUAUUAAUGACCCCACUAACUCAAAUAAGCUUUGUAAAGUAGUCUUAAACUUUGAUAAUACAAAUGUUGAAGCAAUUGCCACUCUCGCGAGUUAUCACUUUUAUACCAACCAGCCUGAAAUAGCUCUAAGGUUUUACAGAAGACUUAUACAAUGUGGAGUAAAUAAUUCAGAACUGUGGAAUAAUGUUGGUCUAUGCUGCUUUUAUGCUUCUCAAUAUGAUAUUGCCCUUCCUUGUUUUGAGAGAGCUCUCUCGCUUGCUGAUGAUACAAAUAUUGCUGACAUCUGGUACAAUAUUGGACAUGUUGCUAUUGGAAUAGGAGAUCUUGGACUUGCAUAUCAGGCAUAUAAAAUAGCAGUUAGUUCUAAUCCUCAGCAUGCUGAAUCAUUCAACAACCUUGGUGUACUCGAACUCAGAAAAGGUAAUCUUGAGCAGGCAAAGGCUAAUUUCCAAAGCUCUUCCACCUUGGCAGAAUUCUUUGAGCCUUGAUACAAUUCUGCUCUUCUACUCUGGAAAAGAGGAGAUUUCCAAGAAAGUUACAAAAUGAUUCAGAAGUCUCUUGAACUAUUCCCUGAUCAUAUUGAUUCGAAGGAAUUGAAGAAAAAUCUGACCCAACAUUUUGCUGCUUUUUAGCUAAAUUACUUGUUCAACAUA